AUCCAGCUGUAUAUGAUUCAAGCAGCCCCCAAUGUGUUCCUUAACUCCUGUGUCUCUACGUGGUUUGAGCGAGCCUCCAUGCUGGUGAUCCUGUUGAACUGUGUCACCCUGGGGAUGUUCCAACCCUGUGAGGACCACGACUGUGAGUCAGAACGAUGCAAGAUCCUGGAGGAUUUUGAUGACUUUAUCUUUGCGUUCUUUGCGGUGGAGAUGGUCAUCAAGAUGGUGGCGCUGGGCAUCUUCGGCAAGAAGUGUUAUCUAGGAGACACCUGGAACAGACUCGACUUCUUCAUCGUGCUGGCCGGGAUGCUGGAGUACUCUCUGAACCUGCAGAACGUCAGUUUCUCGGCAGUGAGAACGGUUCGAGUUCUGAGACCCCUUCGAGCCAUCAACAGAGUGCCUAGUAUGCGUAUCCUGGUGACCCUGCUCUUGGACACCCUGCCCAUGCUGGGGAACGUCCUGCUGCUCUGUUUCUUCGUCUUCUUCAUCUUCGGCAUCGUGGGUGUUCAGCUGUGGGCGGGGCUACUGAGGAACCGCUGCUUCCUGCCCGAGAACUUCUCACUCCCUCUGUCCAUCAAACUAGAGACCUACUACCACACAGAGAAGGACGAUGAGAGUCCCUUCAUCUGCUCCAUGCCCAGGGAGAACGGCAUGCGUCUGUGUUCCUCUGUGCCCACCCUGUAUGAGGAGGGAGGUCUCCAGUGCCAGGUGAACAUGAAGUCCUACAACAGCACAGACAACACCACCUGUAUCAACUGGUACCAGUACUACAGUAAUUGCUCCGCGGGACACGUGAACCCCUUCAAAGGGGCCAUCAACUUUGAUAACAUCUGCUACGCCUGGAUCGCCAUCUUUCAGGUGAUCACUCUGGAGGGAUGGGUGGACAUCAUGUACUUUGUGAUGGAUUCUCACUCCUUCUACAACUUCAUCUACUUCAUCCUCCUCAUCAUCAUUGGCUCUUUCUUCAUGAUCAACCUGUGUCUGGUUGUCAUCGCCACCCAGUUCAGUGAGACCAAGCAGAGGGAGAGCCAGCUGAUGAGGGAACAGCGCAUCCGUUUCCUGUCCAAUGCUAGUACCCUGGCCUCCUUCUCUGAGCCGGGCUCCUGCUACGACGAGCUGCUCAAACUCCUGGUCCACGUCAUCCGCAAGGGGUUCAGGCAGGUGGCCCAUGUCUGCCGGGCCGUGAUGCGCCGUGCUGGGAUGAACAUCGCAGCCUCUCCUCCUGCCCUGGAGAGAGAGAGGGAAAGGGGGAGCCAGAGAAAGAGGAGGAAGACUUCGCGACAGGGUUCUGUGGUCUCCACAAAAGGGUCUAUGUCCGUUCAUUACUUGGUUCACCAACAUCACCAUCAUCAUUAUCACUAUCACUUAGUGAACGGGAGUGUGAGAGGGAGACUAGGGGGGAGAGGGGUGGCGGGGGUCGGGGGAGAAGGGGGGGAAGUGGAGAUGGGUUCCCAUAGCAACAACGGGGGCACUGGGCGUCUCAUGGUGGGUCCUCUUCCGUUGCCGACCUCUGACCUGAACUUGGCAAACCCGGUGUCACCGGCCAAUCCCGCUCUGGGAACCGGCAGUGGCAACUCGUCAUCAGUGCGGAGCACAUUACACACAGACUGCCACCUGGAGCCCAGCACCCCCACACUCCUCGCCCCUACCACUAGCCCCUUCUCCCUGGCCCCUACGCCCAUGUCCAGGCCUAUGAAGAGGAACUCAGUGCCGUUCGCUGGUCCCAGACCUAAAAACUACCCCACCCUACAGCCCAGCACACUAAUGGAGUUUAGAAGUGGCAGUGUUACAGCUAGUACCAUUAGUAAUAUAAACCUCAAUAUACCCUCUCUACCCCUGGAGAGAGGACCAUCGACUGUGUUAGACACACACACACCCACAGCCCAGCUCUCACGACAUGACCUGAGUGCCAUCGGAACCCUGGACCCCUCGUUCACCUUUGACCCUGAGUCGUGCCCCUACUGUGUCAAGGCUCUGUUAGGGGAGUCAGAAGGCACAGACGGAAACGAGACCCUCGGGGAAUCAGACAGCGAGGGCGUCUACGAGCUCACCCAGGACCUCCACCACAGGGACCACAGGGACCACAGGGACAGCCGUCAGCCCAGGAAGAGGCAGCGAAAGCUGGGUACCACGGUGGGGAGAGUGGUCCGAGCCUGGAGGCUGGUGUGUGAUACCUUUAGGAAGAUAGUGGACAGCAAGUAUUUUGGAAGAGGAAUCAUGAUCGCCAUUCUGAUUAAUACACUGAGUAUGGGGAUUGAGUACCACGAACAGCCUGAUGAGCUGACCAAUGCUUUAGAGAUCAGUAACAUAGUUUUCACCAGUCUGUUUGCCUUGGAGAUGUUACUCAAGGUGUUGGUGUAUGGGCCGUUUGGUUACAUCAAAAACCCUUACAACAUCUUCGACGGAGUCAUAGUGGUCAUCAGUGUAUGGGAGAUCGUGGGCCAGCAGGGUGGUGGUCUUUCUGUGUUGCGUACCUUCAGACUGAUGCGCGUGUUGAAGCUGGUGCGCUUCAUGCCUGCUCUGCAGAGACAGCUGGUGGUGCUGAUGAAGACCAUGGACAACGUGGCCACCUUCUGUAUGCUACUUAUGCUCUUCAUCUUCAUCUUCAGUAUAUUGGGCAUGCAUCUGUUUGGCUGUAAGUUUGGAUCAGAGAGAGAUGGAGACACUCUACCAGACAGGAAGAACUUUGACACUCUGCUCUGGGCCAUCGUCACCGUGUUUCAGAUCCUAACUCAGGAGGACUGGAACAAGGUUCUCUAUAAUGGUAUGGCCUCCACCACUCCUGUGGCCGCUCUCUACUUCAUCGCCCUCAUGACCUUUGGGAACUACGUCCUCUUCAACCUUCUGGUGGCCAUCUUGGUCGAGGGCUUCCAGACUGAGGGAGAAGACUCCAAGUCAGUGUCGGAGGCUGAUUUAUCAUCGAGGAGUAUGGAGGACGUGAACGGCAGUGGAAAGGAUGUGUCUGGCUCCCCAGUAGUCCCUAUAAACGGUCAUGUUGACCUGAAGACCAGUCUGACCCCUCCUCUGAUCACCCACACUGCUGCCACCCCCAUGCCCGUUCCCAAGCUGCCCGCCGUGGUUGACCCUGCUCUGGGCUAUGAGUCCCGACGCAGCAGCAACGUCUCCAUGGACCUGGACUGCUACGACAAGUCUCCGAUCAGUGCCCAUAGCACCUCCCCUUACGCCCCGUGGAGCUCCACCUCUGGCUGGACCAGCCGUAGAUCAAGCUGGAACAGCGUAGGCCGUGCCCCUUCGCUCAAACGAACAAAGCGUCAGUCUGGCGAACGGCAGUCGCUCCUCUCCGGAGAGGGUGGGUCCAGUUCGGAGGAUGAUGAGGGGGGAGGAGGGGGGACAUUGGAGGGGGAUGAUGUGUCCCUGUGUCGUACCGACUCCAUGUCCCAGUCCCAACACCGACACAGGAGGAUGGAGUCUGUGGAGACUAGGGGGUCCAUAGACCUGGCCCCUGACAUACUGCUACAGGUGCCCUUCCUGUAUCGCUCAGCCAGUAUACAUAGCUCCAGACCCCCCUCGCUAGGAGGCCUGAGAGCCCCAGAACACUGUGACUGUAACGGGAAAGGCACUCCGGCCCCUAGGGGGGCCCUGGCCCAGACACAGCUCUCCCUUGAGGACAACACAGAGGACGAAGCAGCAGAGGAGGAGGUCGUGGGUCGUUUUGCCAGGCUGUCACGCUGGCUGGAGAGGAAACAGCCUGAGUGGUGUCGAAAGAGAGAUACCUGGUCCCUGUACAUAUUACCCCCAGACUCCAGGUUUCGAAUGGCAUGCAACAAGAUAAUAACCCACAAGAUGUUUGACCACAUCGUUCUGGUCAUCAUCUUCCUUAACUGCAUCACCAUCGCCAUGGAGAGGCCUAGAAUAGAGGCAUAUAGCGUGGAGCGCAUCUUCCUCACAUUAUCCAACUACAUAUUCACAGCGAUCUUUGUGGCAGAGAUGACUGUAAAGGUGGCUGCGCUGGGCUGGUUGUUUGGUGAUAAGGCCUACCUGAGGAGUAGCUGGAACCUUCUAGACGGGUUGUUGGUGAUGAUCUCAGCCAUAGACAUCCUUGUCUCAUUGGUGUCCAACAGCAGCCCCAAGAUACUGGGUAUGCUCCGGGUGCUGCGCCUGCUACGGACACUCAGGCCACUACGUGUGAUCAGCAGGGCCCCAGGUCUGAAGCUGGUAGUGGAGACUCUGAUGUCAUCUCUGAAGCCCAUAGGGAACAUUGUGGUCAUCUGCUGCGCCUUCUUCAUCAUCUUUGGUAUCCUGGGAGUACAGCUCUUCAAGGGGAAGUUCUUUGCGUGUCAGGGAGAGGACGUGAGAAACGUCACUAACAAGUCAGACUGCAUGAUGGCCAACUACAAGUGGGUCAGACAGCAGUACAACUUUGACAACCUGGCACAGGCUCUGAUGUCUCUGUUCGUGCUGGCCUCUAAGGAUGGUUGGGUUGACAUCAUGUAUGAUGGAUUAGAUGCAGUGGGAGUCGACCAACAGCCGCAGCUGAACCACAACCCCUGGAUGCUCCUCUACUUCAUCUCCUUCCUGCUCAUCGUCAGCUUCUUCGUGCUCAACAUGUUCGUGGGUGUGGUGGUGGAGAACUUCCACAAGUGUCGUCGCAGCCAGGAGGCUGAGGAGGCCAAACGCAGGGAGGAGAAGAGACUGAAACGGAUGGAGAAAAAGAGACGGAAAGCUCAGAGUAAGCCUUACUACUCGGAUUACUCCCCCACACGUCUCCUGAUCCACAACAUGUGUACCUCCCAGUAUCUGGAUCUCUUCAUUACCGUUGUCAUUGGACUCAAUGUCAUCACCAUGGCGAUGGAACACUACCAGCAGCCCAAGGAGUUGGAUGAGGCACUGAGGAUCUGUAACUACAUCUUCACCCUCGUCUUCGUCCUGGAGUCUGUCUUCAAGCUGGUGGCCUUCGGCUUCCGACGCUUCUUCAAGGACAGGUGGAACCAGCUGGAUCUGGCCAUAGUGUUGCUGUCCAUCAUGGGCAUCACUCUGGAGGAGAUUGAGGUCAACGCAUCCCUGCCCAUCAACCCUACUAUCAUCAGGAUCAUGAGAGUACUGAGGAUAGCAAGAGUGCUGAAGCUACUGAAGAUGGCAGUGGGGAUGAGAGCGUUGCUGGACACGGUCAUGCAGGCCCUGCCUCAGGUGGGGAAUCUGGGUCUUCUCUUCAUGUUGCUCUUCUUUAUCUUUGCAGCACUGGGAGUGGAAUUGUUUGGUGACCUCAUUUGUGAUGAGCUGCACCCAUGUGAGGGUUUGGGGCGCUAUGCUACGUUUAAGAACUUUGGCAUGGCCUUCCUGCUGCUGUUCAGAGUUUCCACAGGAGACAACUGGAACGGCAUUAUGAAGGAUACCCUGCGAGACUGUCAACAGGAGAACGCAGGCACCUGUUACAACACCGUGGUCUCCCCCAUCUACUUCGUCUCCUUUGUGUUGACAGCCCAGUUUGUCCUGGUCAACGUGGUCAUAGCCGUCCUCAUGAAGCACCUGGAGGAGAGCAACAAAGAGGCCAAAGAGGAGGCAGAGCUGGAGGCUGAACUACAGCUGGAGCUCCAGCAUGGAGAAGGGGGAGGCAGUGGGAGAUCACCCCAGCUAAGCCCUCUGGACUUGGGCAUGGAGGUGGGCGGACCUGGUGUGUCCCCCUGGAGGUCUCCAGAGAGGGAGAUCCAGAGGAGGGCCAGCGUGAUGGUGGAUUCUCCCCAAACAGAUAUCACUACAAGAGACAUCAGCUCUGAUCCCCUGCUAGUCCUGGAGCCACCACUGGAGAUGGAGUUACUCGAUCCUGGGGAGCCAUUGGAGGACAACCUGCUAAGUGUACGGAAGUCAAUGGUGGGCCGCACCCACUCCCUACCCAAUGACAGCUAUAUGUUCCUGCCUCUGGAGCCCUUCGGAUCCCCAGGAGCCAGCCUGGCCCCUGGUUUAGCCUCACAAACACAGACUACAGGACCACAGCACAUAGAGACCAUCAACAAGGCCCUGUCAGGCUCAUGUACCUCGCUACGGACCCAACCAGACGAUAGACCCAGCAGUUCUCACAGCCUUUCACACUCCCAGAGUAUACACACACUCAGCCGCACGCUCCGCAGACAGGUGGCAAUAUCUAAUGACUCCCAGGAGGUCCUGUGUUCUGAUGGAGGGGAGGGUGAGGAGGUAGUCCUCCAUGUAGCUUCCCUAGCCCUCUCCUCCUCCUCUUCCUCGCCCUCCCAUCUUCAUCAGCAGCCUGCUCUCCAGCUGGUCCCUGCCACCCCAGGGGCAUCCCCUCAAUCGUCGCGCCCCAGCAGUGUCCACACCCAGCACCCCUCCUCCCACUCCUUACCCCCUCCUCCCCUUCCCCCCACUCGCCCCUGGAGACAGGACGAGGCCUCGGCUGAUCAGGAAGUGUCGCUCAUCACCAGGGCGGGGCUGGCAGGGAUUGACGAUGUCAUCGGGGUUGGACUGGGGUCAGAGGAGGGAGGUCUCGAGGGCAGUUACAAAGGUUACUGGGUUGGUCGUGGUGGGGGGCAGUUGAAGAGGUUCCACAGUGCUGACACCCAGGGGCGGAGCGUCCUUGCGCCCCGGUCACGCCCCCUGUCCUGGUUGGAUGAUCCUCGCCGCCACUCAGUGGAGGAGUGUUCGUCCGUAGAGUCAAGCCCCCAGCGCAGCACCACGUCCUCGAGGUUCGUCUCCCGAGCAGACAGCCUCCAGAUCCAUUCCCAGACCACCACACACACCCUGCCCUCUCCCCGACACAAGAAAAAAAUGAGUCCCCCGUGUAUCUCCGUAGACCCCCCUGAUGGACUGGAGCCCCAGUCUGGCCUCCACCCUGCCCCGGGGGGUUUGGGGGGCCUAGGGAUGCCCCCUCCCUUACAAGGCCGGGAUACCUCCUGUCUAAGGAGACGGGCGCCCUCCAGUGACUCCAAGGACUCCUUUGACCUAGGGGUAGGGGAGGGGCUGGGGCUUGGGCUGUGCCAGGAGGGAGGUGGGUCCAACACCAAUCCCAAGCUGUUGACUCUGUCGAGCUUCUCCUUUGAGAAAACAAGCUCUGAGUACUGAACACUGACACACACACUGAUGUACACACGAACACUUAUGUACACACACACACAGAGGAACUAUACACACAUGCACAUAGGCAAACAGCCACACAUCCAAUCACACAAUGCACUUGGUAUCCGUGAUGAUGGUAGUCCUAGUAAUAACGCCGUAGAGAGUAAAUAUGGUAAAACUACAACAAAGCGGUCAAAUCAACCUUGUUUUUUUUUUAGGAUCAGUGCGGUACAGUCGUAGUUUGACCAUUCCUUGUCUUUCCAAAACAACGAGAACGCAACAAUAACAAAGAAUAAACAGAGAAACAAGAUGACUGAUUCUCUUCCACCAUGCCUGCAAGCCAUUGGCUGCCGGUUGACCCCAUGACCUCUGGAGUGAUGUCAGCACCAAGGACUUUGGAUCGCCACCCCUGUGGUACCCCUAUAGGUACUGCUCGGUGUUUGUGGGACUUCGCUCUCACACGGGCAACAGUGGAGGUACAAAGCAAUAUGAACGUUUUUGAGACAAUUUUUCUUAAAUUAUUGGGCCAUAGUGUUUGUACAGAUGUAUAAUUGUUUUAUUUCAUUAUAUUUUGAUUUUGGUGUACUUUUUGUGAUGGGUUAACUUUUUCCUCCCUGUUUGUUUCAAUGUUCGAAAUAAUUGUUGGUUUGGUCCGUUUUGUUAAAUUUUUUCACCAUAGGGAUAUUUUGUAGCUUUCUUAAUUUGCUGAAAGAAAGUGAAUUAUGUGCUGAGAUUCAUGUAUUUGAAGGAAUAUAUAUACAUAUAUGUACAGUGCCUUCGGAGAGUAUUCAGACCCCUUGACUUUUUCCACAUUUUGUUACGUUACAACCUUAUUCUAACAUUUAUUUAAUCGUUCCCCCCCUCAUCAAUCUACACAGCAAAAACAGGUUUUCAGAUAUAUAUUUUUUUGUUGCAAAUUAAUAAAAAUAAAAACCUG